CAUUCUUAUUUCUUUCAUUAGAUCUCUUUCUCACCGGAACCAAACUCUAUAUAUAUAUAUAUAUAUAUAUAUAUAUAUAUAUGGAAGAUGAUAUUUUCUAGUGAGGGAGAGAGAAAGAUGCCGGUUUCCGGCAAGCCGGUGAAACUAUUCUCCGACCUAUUCAAAACAGCUGAUGACGAGGGAGCCAUCUCUUCCACCAGCAAGGGUAAACCUCUGAUCACCUUUAACACAGAGGACAUAAGGAGGAUUGGUGACUCCUAUCCAUUCUCCAUUAAAGCCAGGUUUGCUAAGGACUUGCAGGUUGCAGACAUUGGUAAAUCCUUGGAGAGGGGAGGUUUUUCUGGACUCCGUGUCAUCUCCAUUAGCAGGUUCAAUGUAGUUAUCAUCCUCAAAACACAAACUGACUUCCUAAGGCUGUUAUCUAGAAGGACGUGGAGAGCAAAUGGUCACCAGAUGUAUCUCUCUAAAUGGGAUCCUCUUUUAGAGGAUAAACGUGACAGCCCUUUGGCUCUCGUCUGGGUCACGCUCAAGCACAUCCCCUUCUUCCUUACAAACGCCCAAUGUCUAUUCUCUAUUGUGAAAACUCUAGGGAAACCCAUUCAAAUGGAUGAGACCACAGCGAGGGGUGGAUAUUUCAAUUCUGCAAGAGUUCUGGUGGAUAUGGACGCGUCCAAACCCAAACAACAUGUCAUUCUGGUACGUACUCCUACAUGGGAACGUGAAAUACAACUCACUUAUGACCUUCCUUCUUACUGCAUGACUUGUGGACGCUGGGGUCACUGCUGCAAAAAAUCCCAACCCGUCGGAAAAGUCCUCACCGACGGGGCAAUCUUGGUAAGGCAACAAGCUGAUAAGGAGAUCAAGCCAAAUAACACACAUCAGUGGGUCCGUAUUCAGAGGAAAGGAAAGACAACAGCUCAUAAUGUGAUGGCAGACAUCCAGCACACUCAGGCUAAUGGGCAAACGAACAAAGACAAGCAAUGCCCAGACAUUCCGGGCCCUUCCAAGUUGGGGUACACAGAGCAAAACAGGCCCAAUUUGCAUAAUGUUAUUGGAUCCCCAAAAAGCCCAAGUGUCUCAUCCAAACUUGAAGCUGGGCCAACUACCAGCCCACUGGUGCACAGUCUCUCCUCAACAGGCCUAUCCAGCCCACCUAAACUACAAACCCACAAGGCCUCAUUUUGCAAACAGGUAGGAGCUAAUAAUGAACACUCCUCUCCUUUGAACUACCUGGCACUUCUCUCCACCGUUGAGGACAUUGACACCCCAGGUACCCCUACAUGCAUUCACUCUGAUGAGGAAGGUGAGAGGGCUCAGGAUAAGAGUCCUCUUCAUGCCCUGGAGAACAAUUUUUCUCAGGCUAAUAUCAAUGCAGUCCCUUUCAUGAAGGGUAGAGGCACACCAGGGCUGAAAGAACUGCAUUAUGGAAUGCCAUAUAGGGCCCCUAGCAUACAUCCAUGGAUCAUUGGAGGAGAUUUUAACAGCAUCCACAGCCUUGACCAACACAAAGGAAAGUGCAAUCCUUGCAAUAACUCAGUGGAGGAUUUUAGAGAAUGCAUGGAAGCUGGCAAUCUCCUUUACAUUCAUCCUUCAGGAGGAGAUUUUUCUUGGAGUGGGAAACGAAGCAAUGGGAAGCUUUGGCGCAGACUGGACCAUGUUUUUAGCAACCAACAGAUGCUGGAUAGGACUAGCAGUCUACAACUCUCUAUGCUUAGUAAGGGAGCAUCAGAUCACCGGCCUUUUCUCUUGGAACUCUCCUUGGAUACUUAUUCUGGUCCCAAACCCUUCCGGUUCUUGGACUUGUGGGUUUCACACCACACUUUAGAAGGCACCAUCAGAUCUUUUUGGGAGAGCAAUAAAACUUACAAUGGAAUGAAAGGCCUUGGGAGAAAACUCAAGGAUCUCAAGGCCAUUUUGUCCAAAUGGAGCAAGGAGGUGUUUGGUAACAUCUUCCAGCAACUUAAGGAGGCAGAAUCUAGGGCAAGCAGGGCACAAGACCAUUUUGAGGCAAACCCAAACCCGGAAUCUUUGGUUGAAUUUAACAAGGCCAAUGCUGAAUUACUCUUAUUUUCCAAAAGAGAAACUGACUUUUGGAGGCAGAAGCGCCAGAAGCUUAGGAUCUCCUCCAUCAAGAAUGAUCUUGGCCUGACCAUCGAGGGGGACAGUAACAUUGCUUCACACGCAAUUGAUUACUACACCAAGAUCUACUCUGAAGAACCAGUCAGUAUUAACCCAGAUCUGCUCUCAUAUAUACCUAAGAACAUUAAUGAAGGGGAAAACCAAAUGCUUUGUGUUGUUCCACAAGAGGAGGAAAUAAGGGGGGCCAUCUGGGACCUCAACUCCCAUAGUGCACCAGGCCCAGAUGGAUACACUGGGACUUUUUUCAAAACCUUCUGGCACAUAGUCCAUGAAGAAGUGACUAGAGCAACCCAAGAGUUCUUCCUGGGCCUGCCCAUUCCAAAAUCCUACGAGGCCACUCUCCUCACUCUGAUUCCUAAGAUGGACAACCCUAAAUCUUUGGGAGAUUACAGGCCAAUCUCACUGUCAACUUUCCUCUCAAAAAUCAACACUAAGAUACUAGCCAAUAGACUGGGUGCACUACUUCACAAACUCAUCAGCCCUGAGCAAAGUGGGUUUCAACCAGGUAAAGGAGUGGAAGAAAACAUCCUCCUUACCCAGGAGAUGAUCCACUACCUUGAUAACCCGUCUCGAAGUGCCAACAUUGCUAUCAAAGUGGACUUUGCAAAAGCGUUUGACAGAAUUUCUUGGCAAUUCUUAGAGGUUACUCUAAACUCCUUCGGCUUUUCCUCACAGUCCUGCCACCUUCUCCUCUCCACACUCAAGGCCACCCAUUUCUCCAUUCUCAUUAAUGGAUCUCCUCAUGGGUUUUUCAAAAUGAAGAGAGGGGUUAAGCAAGGUGACCCUCUCUCCCCCCUUCUCUUCAUACUUGGAAAUGAAGGUUUAAGUAGAAUGAUUAAGGGGAAGGUUGAGGAGGGUUACCUUAAAGCCAUCCAAACAGGGAGAAGCCAACCCCCCUCCCACCUUGCAUAUGCAGAUGACAUAAUUUUUUUCCUAAAUGGCCAUUUCAGAAACUUGCUCGGAUUUAAAAGGAUUAUUGACUGCUUUCUCAAUUCAUCAGGACACAUGAUCAAUCUCAACAAAAGCCACUUCUACACUGGUCCAAGAGUGAAGCCAGAAAUCAAAGCUAACAUGCAAAGGGCACUUCAAAUGGGAGAGGGCAAAUUACCUCUAAAUUACUUAGGGGCAACAAUUGGAAAAGGAAAACUAAGGAAGGAAGAUUGCAAGAAAAUUGUCCAACACUUUGAUGCCUAUCUUAACACUUGGUAUAGCAAGGUGCUAAACCAAAUGGGGCGUUUGAUUCUCAUUAAGCAUGUCCUCAGUUCUAUACCCUUACACAUUGUUGUUGUCCAGCAAAUGCCCAAAUCUAUUCACAACAUGUUGAACAAGAAGAUGCAGAACUUUCUAUGGGGAUACAAAGAGGGAAGGCCUAAAUAUCAUUGGGUAUCUUGGAGAGGACUAUGCUUCCCAAAACAUGAGGGAGGUCUGGGCAUUAGACACCUGGAAGAUGUAGAAGCAGCAUACUCAACCAAACUUUGGUGGAAGAUUAGGAACUCCCAUAGCAUUUGGGGAGAAUACAUGAGGAGUAGAUACCCAGAUUCUUUUCAAGAACGUCCUAAGGACACUGUGACAUGGAAAAGGGCUGCAAGGAUUCAUAACUGGGCCUUACAGCAUGUCCUUAAAGUGGAAGAAGCAGACACCUGGGAGGGAGAGCCAUUCACCACCAAGUUAGCAUACCACGCCUGGAGGGACUCUAGGCCUUCCUCUCUUUCUCAUAAGAUGAUCUGGAACAAGCUUCAUAUCCCAAAGAUCAGCCUGUUUCUGUGGAAAGCUUUUAACAAUAUACUUCCUUUUCCGGAAAACUUAUCCAGGUUUAACCUGGCGUUUCCUUCCCAAUGCAGGUUCUGUUUCAACAGUCCGCAGGAACUCAACCAUACCCUUUUUCAUUGCCAAAUGUCUUUCAAAAUUUGGAGGUUCUUCUCUGCUGUUUUUAAUGGCCCUAUUCCUAAUAGGGUAGAAAACCUACACGAGACAUGCAUGAAAUGGUGGGUAUGCACGCCUAGGGCUAAGCUGCAAGAUAAAAUCAACUCGGUUCUACCAGGCUUCAUUGCAUGGGGAUUCUGGAAGGCUUACAACGAAGAGAAGUACGAGGGGAAAGCUUUCAAAGAAGGGAAUAUCAUUGCAACAACCAUGAAGACUAUACAACAAUGGAUAUGGAUACACAAUGGCAAGAAAUGGAUGCACCUGGAUGAAACUUUGAAAUCCUUGGGCUUUCGGUUGCAUUUUAGCAGGAAUAAUUCUCAAUGCUUUUUUGUUUAGCUUUCUUUAUUUGGUGGGGCGAAUGCAUCUCCGACAUUACUUUCUAGAGGGGCAUUGGCCUAGUCCUCCCUUCUUUGUACUUUUCUCUUUUUGCAUUUUAAUAAAAUAUCUCCUUUCAAUAAUAUAUACUCCCUCCGUCCAAGAUUAAAGUUCUUACUUUGACUUGGCACAGAGUUUAAUAAAAGAUGAAAUUUACAUUGACUUUCCUAGAUUACCCCUCUAUCCCUCAUCCUUUCUCUUCUUUUCUUGUCCACCGAUUUUCUUCUCUGUGCAAAGGCCGAACCUUUUCUUCUCUGUGCAAUCGGAUGCCCCCCAACAAGGCCGACCCUCCUUGCUGCUCUGCUAUUAUCACCGACGGCCGUUGUGAUGUCUACCACGUCAACUCCGACUGCCGCCUCACUCCGGCGCCUGUACUCCGCUGCCACUGCCGAAUUUGUUGACGCUGACCUCAGAUCUGAAUCAAAAUUCUCAGAUCUGAUGGAGUUGGACAAUAAAGAAGAAAAGAAAGAAGAGUUGAAGAU